UUGUCAUGCAAAUUCCUGGAGGGAUGAGAGUGAGAGUGGGUCGACAAAAGCGAGAGUGAUUAGUGACCGUUCAGUAAGGGAUUAUCAUUUUUCGUCUGUAUAUACCAUGGAAGCCCAGCUGGCGAGACGAGGAAGCGUUUUGGGGAUCUCUUCUCAGAGAAGUGGUGCGUAACAGAACGCCGUUUGUGUGUGUUGUGUGGUCUCCCGUAUUAACGCUCCGUCCUUUAUACUUUCGACGCUAGCUAUAGCAGCCGUUCCCGGGUACCCGCGGUUCAAAAGCAACAAGUUUGGUAUUUGGGCCAGCUGACAAAUGUUACCGCGCGCCCGCGCUUGGCCGGGAUUCAACUCUCGCCUUCAAGAUCGCCGACAGGGAGCUGAAAGUAACCCGGUCGUCUGAAUUUUCCUACCCAGAGGCGGCUGAGAACUUGACAGCAGCCAGUCAGAAGUCCCCCUGGUGAAGACCGCGUGAGGAGAGAAAAGAAUGAUUGUUGUGGAUUGUUCCACACGAGUUUUACUACCAAAGGUGACUUCUAGAGAAGAGAUUCGUCGUGGACAGAACUGAUGCUAUGCUCUCUCCGCGCCGUGAGACUCAGGAGGCCCUACCUGGCUGGUCACCAGACGCGACGUGCUUAGGCGGGAAGUUGGUCAGACGACGGGCUUUCUCGAGAGCGUCCGUACUAUGAUGAGACGAGCAUGUAGGCGGCACGGGCUCGGACUGGUUUGCAAGGCGCUGAAGGCGCUGCUGGCCUCUGCUGCUCUGCUCCUGGUGUACACCUACGCCGCGGACUACAGGAAAGGCGCCGCGCCGCACCACCAUGCGCGUCGGGUCAAAUUCGCCGCCUUGCCCGUGGACGAGAGGUACAUCAAGGAGCGCCUGGACCCCGAGCCGACGCGCGGGCUGGACUCGCGGGUACGUGCGGCCAUGCAGCUCGCCUCGACCCGCCGGAGCCGCGAUAGGAACGCGUCACCGGUCAGCAGGGGCGCGUGGUUGGCAUACGCGUCCCCGCGAGCACAGAAGGCCAAGUUCGCGAGAGCCGCCAACUCGGGGGUCGGAGGACGGGCGGGAAACAAUACGCGUCUGGACCGGGCGCGCUCGGGAGAUUCGCAGUUCAGAGAGUCGCAAAGGGCGCGAGUACCGAAGCGCUGGUCUCUGCUACUGAACAAUAGCAACAGGAACAACAACAAUGCUGUCGGAAAUAAUCGAGAGAACGAUAAUGGGAAUAUAGGAGUACAACAAGCCACACCGGGGCCCCAGGCGCUGGGAGAACUGGGUCAGGGGGUGGUGCUGAGAAACCUGUCCCCGGAAGAUCGCAGGCGGUUGGAGGAAGGUUACAAGAAGUACGCCUUCAACGAGUUCGCCAGCAGCAAGAUAGCUCUCACCAGGACCAUUCCAGACGGCAGGCACUGGCUGUGCAAGAGCAAGGAGUAUGACGUCAGUCGUCUGCCGGCCGUCAGCGUCAUCAUCUGUUUCCAUAACGAGGCUUGGUCCACCCUGAUGCGGACGGUCCACAGCGUGCUGACCACGACUCCGGCCGACCUGCUGACCGAGGUCAUCAUGGUGGACGACGACAGUCAGUAUGCUCACCUGAAGACCCAGCUGACUGAGUACGUGUCGGGUCUGCCCAAGGUGAAGCUGAUCCGGACCCAGAAGCGGGAGGGUCUGAUCCGGGCCCGGCUGAUGGGAGCGUCACACGCACGGGCAGACGUGCUGGUGUUCUUAGACUCUCACUGCGAGUGCAAUAUAGGAUGGUUGGAGCCUCUCUUGGACCGCAUCGUACAAAACCGGAGUCACGUGGUCACGCCUGUCAUCGAUGUCAUUGAUUUCAAAACAUUCGAAUAUCGCCAUCUUGCAAUCAUACAGAGAGGAGGUUUCGACUGGAGACUCAUCUUCCGGUGGGAGAAAAUCCCCGCCAGUUACGAGAAGAGGAGAGGACUGUCCGUCGACCCGAUAUUAUCGCCCACCAUGGCAGGCGGCCUGUUCGCCAUCGACAAGCAGUACUUCCAGCACCUGGGCCUGUACGACACCGGCAUGGAGAUAUGGGGAGGGGAGAACCUAGAACUGUCUUUCAGGAUCUGGCAGUGUGGCGGCACGCUGGAGAUCAUGCCGUGUUCUCGCGUGGGUCACGUGUUCCGCCAGCGCUUCCCGUACCAGACCAGCACGGAGGUCUCGACCCGGAACCUGAUGAGGGUGGCGGAGGUUUGGAUGGACCAAUACAAGGAGUACUUCUACCAAAUCAGACAUAUCAAAAAGAAGUCCUUUGGUGACGUCACAGAGCGGCAGGAGUUGAGAAGGCGGUUGAAGUGCCGGGACUUCCACUGGUAUCUCAACACCGUCUACCCGGAACUCAAGUUUCCAAAAGGACUCGGCGUCUUACAACAAUGACAGAGCUGAACAGCAAAGUUCUUUCUAUCACAACCAUAUAUUUU